UCCGCUUCAGACAUGAGGCCUGAGUCCGGCCUGCGUCGUCUCAGGAGGAGAGUUGGUGUCAUCACGUCCUGGUUUGUUCGGGACACCCUGUGUCCUGCUGUGUCCUGGCUGUGGCGCCGGGCCUUGUUCCUCCGCAGGCUGCUCGCUCCUCUUAUCAGGUACCUGCGGUCAGCGCCAGACCGGGAGGAGGAGCGCAGCGGCCCCGACGAGCCGCAGCUGCCCGACCGACAGGUACUAUGUGAGGCAGGUCUGCCAGAGAGGCCCGAGGAGGGUCAGGGCCCAGAGGGUCAGCGUGAGGCCGAGGUGAGGGUCCCUGAAGAAGAGCAGGAGCAGGUGGAGGAGGAGGAGGAGGAGGAUGAAGAGUGUGACAGUGAGGAGCACAGAGUUGACAUCACGGAUGACUUUUACUGUGGUUAUGAUUCCACCUGGGAAACAGAGGAGCCUGAGGAGAGACCAGCAGCCUCUUCUCAGAACAGGCUGCAAAGUUGGACCCAGGACAUGUCCUCUUACAAAUUUAGCAGAUUUGAAAAUGCUGCGAGAGACAUGCACAACUACAGACACGGCUACCCUUCUCAGAUCAGGCUGCAGCGCUGGAACCAGAACAUGGCCUCUGAUGACAAUCCAAACCUGGAAUUCUACCUAGGAAAUAAGCCCUCUUUACCUGAUGGUAUCUACAUACAAGAUUUCCACAGUAAAUGGUUUGGAAACUACAACAAACUGGAGUAUGUGCACACUUUUAUUCAGUGGUUGUUCCCACUGCAGGAACCAGGCAUGAACCAUGAUGCCAGUAUACUGACAAAAGAAGAAAUUGAGGAUUUUCUCAGAAACGACACUGCAAAGGAAAAUCUGCUUAAGUCCUAUGAGCUCAUGUUGGACUUCUAUGGCAUUGAGUUGUGUGAUAAGAACACAGGGAAAGUCAAGAGAGCCUCAAACUGGAAAGACAGAUUCCAAAACCUGAACAAUCACACUCACAACAACUUGCGCAUCACCCGCAUCCUGAAGUGCCUGGGAACCCUGGGGUUUCCCCAUUACCAAGCCCCCCUGGUCCACUUCUUCCUGAGGGAGACGCUCGUCCACGGAGAACUUCCACAAGUCAAAGACAGUGUCCUCAACUACUUUGUGUUUGCCGUCCUCGACAAGAAGCAGCGCAGGAAUCUCAUCAGGUUCGCCUACUUGAAAUAUGACCGUAAAGAUGAGUUUGUGUGGUGCCCAAGGAAAAUACAGAUGAUGUGGUCAGAGCGCUCUGCGUCCAAGUCACAGGAAAGAGUGGAAGGUGAAAAUGACGGUUACGAACUUAAGUCUGAGUAUCUGAACCAAGACAAUGUUCAUGAAGUCCAAGAUGAAGAAAAUUCAGUUCAUUAAAUCUGAUAACAAUGUUGAAGACCUGUCACUGGACAUGCUGAUGAGUAAUGACAUAUCGUUUGUAUUUUUACACUAGUUUAUACCAUGGUUUAUUGUGGUUUGCACACCAAAUUAAAGGCACAGUUAUGCAUGCAAAUACAUUUGUUUACUUUUGUAUUUAAGUUUGAUUUCUGAGGAAGAUGCUACUUAAAAUUCUCUGCUUUAGUUGUGGUGCCUUCUGUCCAUAUCACAGUACUGCAUCAUGCAAUAUUAAAGGUUAUGGAUCUCCGAAAGCACUUUUAUCACAGAAUCACUUUUGAUUAUUAGAAAUUCCACAUGAAGAUUUGGGUUAAACAUUUUUACCUUCUGUUCAAACUUACAGAAUUAAGGCUACAUCCAUCUUUCUAGGGUUACAUUUAAGAUUUUGAUCAUGACAUGUCACAUUUCAUUUUAUUAUUAUUUACUGCUUAUAUGUCCUUUAAAGGUAUUGAUGUUGCUAGGAUGUUGAUUACUGUACCAUUACUGGGAUGGGCUGGGGGGAGGGUGUGUUCAUUUUUGUUUAUGUCUUAAUUUGUUUUUCUUUAUUUUUCCUUUAUUGUA